AUCGUAAAGACCAGUACCGCAGCGCUAUCACAACGGGUAACAAUUUUGGCGAUGUCAUGUCGUCAAAAUACGAGUUAAGUGAUCUUUCUGGUUCUGAUAGAAAUAUAGUUAGUGAAGACAAAAUGUCUGCCAAGGAAGGAGGAUGCUACGUUAGAACAGCCACAGGGUUUCUUAUUGCCCUUGUCGCAAUCUUAAUAUCAGUGGGAGUGGGUCUGAUUGUUCAUUUUGCCGAGAACCGUCCUAUCGAAUGCAGUUUUCCAGACACAUAUACUGGCGGUGCAGGGAAGUCACAACAACAAGGACGUCAAGUUGUUCAGUGUCCACAAUCGACAACAAAAGCCGCAAACUUUCAUACGCCAAGUGUGUCACCAUCAGCUACAACAGCCAUGCCGCGGUUAAAAGACGUUCGACUCCCAACGUCUUUAGUGCCAGUGCAUUAUGAUCUCAGACUUCAGCCGGAAAUGUAUUCUACGGAUCCAUCUAAAUUCAUAUUUGAGGGAAAAGUUGCCAUUGACCUAAACUGUACACAAGCGACAAGGAAUGUUACAUUACAUAUCAAUAUGUUGAACAUAACAAAAGACUCAAUAGUGUUUAAAUUGAAAUCAGGAUCAGGGAGCACACCACACUAUGUUAAACAUACGGAAGAUAAAGAGCGUCAGUUUCUGAUUAUCCAGCUGGAUAAAGAUACAACACCAGGGUCACAGUACCAACUGUCUAUGGAUUUUGUUGGACCACUGAGAGACGACUUGCAAGGGUUUUACUUAAGUAGUUACAAAGAAGGCAAUCAAACUGUGUAUUUAGCUACAACCCAGUUUGAGCCUACAGAUGCACGGAAAGCUUUCCCAUGUUUCGAUGAGCCAGCUAUAAAGUCGACCUUCAAAGUGACCUUGGUGAGAAAGAAACACCUGAUGUCUUUGUCCAAUAUGCCACGCGAAAACGUUAUACCAAUAGCCAACGAUUACGUGGAAGAUAAAUAUCAGAUAUCAAAAAAGAUGUCAACUUAUCUCCUUGCCUUUGUAAUUGGUCAGUUCAACAAAACAGAAAACCGAACAGCACACAAUCUUCUGUAUGGUGCCUGGGCCAGACCACAAUCUGUGGAUCAGACUCAUGUUGCACUGGAUGUUGGCAUAAACACAAUAGUCAAUUACGAAAAGUAUUUUGGUGUACGUUUUCCCCUACCUAAACAAGAUAUGAUAGCCUUGCCUGAUUUUCGGCCUGGUGCUAUGGAGAACUGGGGUUUGAUCACCUAUAGAGAGUCAUACAUGUUGUACACUACUGGUGUAACUUCAAGGAAGAACAAGCAAAACACUGUUACAGUCAUUACUCAUGAACUCGCUCAUCAGUGGUUUGGAGACCUAGUGACGAUGAGUUGGUGGGAUGACCUUUGGCUGAAUGAAGGAUUUGCCAGAUUUGUUGAGCAUAUGGGUGCGAAUAUGCUAUAUCCAGACUGGAAAAUGUUUGAACAGUUUGUUGCUCAUACUACGCAUGCAGCUUUUGAAUUUGAUUCGCUGGUUUCUUCCCAUCCUAUUUACGUACCGGUAGAGAACCCGGAUGAAAUACACGAGAUUUUCGACUCCAUAUCAUAUGACAAGGGUGGCUCUGUCAUACGCAUGAUAAGAUUUGUUCUCGGAGAAGAAACUUUUAAAAACGGUUUACAGCUCUACCUGAGGAAUCAUAGUUAUGGUAAUGCCGAUCACAACGACCUAUGGAAUGCCUGGGCAACACAAGCUAAGAAUGACGGACAUCAGGUGGACGUUAAGAAGAUUAUGGAUACAUGGACACUCCAAAUGAACUACCCGGUAGUUAAGAUCACCAAGCUGAAUGGUAAAAUUCGUCUGGAACAAAGUCGGUUUUUAAAAAACAAAAAUGCAAGAGAUCCUGAAAAGUAUCAUAGUACAUUUGGGUACAAAUGGGAAAUUCCCUUCACUUAUGUAACUAGUGCUGCACCAAAUGUCAACAUUACGAACUCGGACAUUAAGUGGUUGAGUGAUACAACCUUAGAUAUUGAUCAUGUGAAUGUAGCUGCAGAUGAGUGGAUUUUGGGUAAUAUUGAUCAAUAUGGGUAUUACAGAGUUAAUUACGAGGAUUCUAACUGGAAAUUACUUAUACAGCAACUCAAAACAAAACACAAGGUCAUUUCAAACAUAAAUAGAGCACAGAUAAUCAAUGAUGCUUGGAGUUUAGCGAGGGCAGGCCAAUUGUCAACUGAUAUUGCAUUGAAUAUUCUCGAGUAUUUAGGCAAAGAACAAGAUUAUAUCCCAUGGGUAGCUGCAAGAACUCAACUUCAAUAUCUAGAUGACAUGCUUAGAAAAACUGAAUUAUAUGGGAAGUUUGAGAAUUUCAUGUUAUCGAAACUGUCAGACCCAUUCAAACAUUUUGGACUGGAUGAUACGAAUGCUUCUCAUAUUGAUUCGCUGAUAAGAAGCGAUAUUGUAGAAAUGGCUUGUUCUUAUGGAUUGAAAGAUUGUAUUCAACACGCGAAACAGCUGUUUGGGAAAUGGAUGGACAGUCCAGAUGAUAAUCCCAUAGAUCCUGAUCUAAGACCUGCUGUAUACUGUACUGCGAUAGCAGAGGGAGAUGAAACUGAAUGGACAUUCGCCUUCGAAAAGUUUAAAGCUGCCACAGUUGCAACUGAGAAAGUCACUUUGUCAAGGGCGUUAGCUUGCACAAGAAGCACGUGGUUGCUCAGCAGGUAUUUAGAACUGAGCGUAACGCCCAGCGUGGUACGAAAACAGGAUGCUACGAAAGUGAUACUGUACAUUGGAGCAAACCCUAUCGGGCAAUCGUUAGCUUGGGACUUUGUUAGAGGAAAGUGGGACUACCUUUUCAACACGUAUGGUAAAGGCGUCUUCUCAUUUGCAAGGUUAAUAUCAGGAAUAACUGCAACAUUUAAUACAGAGUUCCAGUUGAAGCAGUUACACGAUUUUCUUGAGGAGUAUCCAGAUAUGGGUACUGGUAACAGAGCCUUCAAACAGGCCAUAGAGAAAACAGAAUCCAAUAUUAUGUGGAUGAAGAGAAACAGAGAUACCGUUGCUACAUGGCUGGACAAUGUUGGUACCCCUCAUGAUGCAAGGGUAAAGGACGUACGACUACCACUUCAUCUAAUUCCUGAUUCGUAUGAUGUCACCCUGAAACCAAACAUGUAUAGCAAUGACCCAGAACAGUUUAAUUUCGAAGGACAUGUGAAAAUCGUAAUGACGGCAAAGGAAAUCGGACGAAAUGUUACCUUACAUGUAAACAAACUAAACAUAAAUGAAAAAAGCAUUAAUUUCGGCAAACAAGAUGGAUCGAAGGGACCUAAAUAUAAAGGUCAAAGACUAACAGAUGAUAAGAGACAAUUUGAAAUAUUCUUUCUGGACUCGGACACUGUUGCGGGGGAAAAAUACACGAUUGAAAUGAAUUUUACUGGGCCUCUAACAGGAGAUUUGGCAGGAUUAUACCUAAGUCAAUAUAAACGGGAAAAUGAUACCAUAUACAUUGCCACGACUCAGUUUGAGCCAACUGAUGCUAGGAAGGCAUUCCCAUGCUUUGAUGAGCCACAGUUGAAAGCUGUAUUCAACGUUAGACUUGUCAGAAAAUCUCACAUGGUCUCUAUAUCCAACAUGCCAAUCAUUAGUGAACAAAAAAUGGAAGACGAUUUUUUGAUGGACAUUUACAACACAUCAGCCAAAAUGUCAACAUACCUUCUUGCGUUUAUUGUAUGCGAUUUCAAGUACACUGCAGAUACAACAACAACGGGCGUGAAGUACAGAGCAUGGGCUCGUCCAGAAUCACUCAACCAGACGAAAGUUGCUUUAGAAACCGGUACAACUUUAUUGACUUACUAUGCUGAGUAUUUUGGAGAAGCGUUCCCUUUGCCUAAACAAGAUAUGAUUGCCAUACCUGAUUUCGCUGCGGGAGCCAUGGAGAACUGGGGCUUGAUUACAUAUCGGGAGACCGCAAUGCUGUAUGAGCCAGGAGUGUCAUCUGAGGCCAAUUUGCAACGAGUUAAAGUCGUCGUUGCCCAUGAACUAGCACACCAGUGGUUUGGUGAUCUCGUCACAAUGGAGUGGUGGGAUGAUCUUUGGCUGAACGAAGGUUUCGCCUCUUUUGUGGAAUAUAUGGGUACAGACCAUGUCAGUCCUGACUGGAAUAUGUUUGAACAGUUCGUUUUCGAAAUAUAUGAGGUGUUCGACAUAGAUUCUCUAGCAUCGUCACAUCCUAUAUAUGUUCCUGUGCAAAAUCCAGACGAAAUCAACGAAAUUUUUGAUACCAUAUCAUAUGCAAAGGGCGGUUCGGUUAUAAGAAUGAUGCGGUUCUUCCUUGGCGAAGAGACGUUUAAGAAAGGUCUUCAGCAAUAUCUACAUGAAAGAAAAUACAAAAAUGCUUUCCAUGAUGACCUUUGGAAUGCACUUGAAAAGCAAGCUGAUACCGAACAUAAAAAUAUCAAGGUGAAGGACAUUUUAGACACAUGGAUAUUACAGAUGAAUUAUCCCGUCGUAACAGUUACCAAAGAUACAACUGGAAAGAUAAAGUUGCAACAGGAAAGAUUUCUUAAGGACAAAAAUGCGAAAGAUCCAGGCACAUAUACAUCACCAUUUAACUACCAAUGGAAGAUACCAUUUACAUAUACAACCAGUGAAAAUGCACAAUUUAACCAAACAGAUAAAAAUGUCAUGUGGCUAAAUGAGGGAGAGAUGAGUUUACAAACGAAUUACCCGACGUCCAAGGAUUCCUGGAUCAUUGGUAACAUUCAGCAGUAUGGAGUAUAUAGGGUGAAUUAUGACAGUGACAACUGGAACAGCCUGAUAAACCAGCUCAAAACGAAUCACAAGGUCAUUCAUGUGCUUAACAGAGGUCAAAUUAUUAACGACGCUUUUGGGCUUGCUCAAGCAAAGAUGUUGUCAAUGAACACUGCCUUAAACACCUUAGAAUAUUUGUCAUCUGAAACAGAAUAUGUACCGUGGGUAGCAGCCAGCUCUCAGCUCGGUUAUAUACAUAACAUGAUAGCUGAAACGGAGUUAUAUGGAUCGUUUGAGCGCUUUAUGCAAAGUACAGUCAUGAAACAGUAUGAAAGACUCGGUCUGGACGAUACAAAUGCGAGCCAUCUAGAGUCCUAUGUAAGGGCCCGUAUCGCUAGUCAUGCAUGUGGAUAUGAUAUAGAGAAUUGCACAAAUGCGGCGAAACAACUUCUGCAACAAUACAUGAAUACACCGGAUAAUAAUCCGAUCGAACCAGAGCUGAAGUCUACUAUAUAUUGCACUGCACUACGAGAGGGAGGAGAGAAAGAGUGGAACUUCUUGUUCGAGAAGUAUAUGACAGCUACCGUUCAAGCAGAGAAGUCACGCAUUCUUAGUUCUCUGAGCUGCACGAGAAAAACGUGGAUCCUUAAUAAAUUUCUUGAACUCGCCUUAGACGAUAGUGUCGUAAGAAAGCAAGACGCCUACAAAGUGUUCAUCAACGUCGGCAGAAAUAUCGUCGGGCGUGCUGUAGCAUGGGAUUUCUUCAGGGCUAACUGGAAUGAUAUCUACAAAACAUAUGGCACGGGGUCAUUUUCUUUAAGCGACAUCAUUGCCGGUGUCACAGCCUCUUUCAAUACAGAGUUCCAACUUCAAGAGCUGAGAGACUUUCAGAUGACUCAUCCGGAUAUGGGCUCAGGAACAAGAGCAUUUUCCCAAACCAUUGAAAAUACCAAAACUAACAUUCAGUGGAUGGGAGACAAUUAUGACACGGUGAAAGACUGGUUAAAGAAGUAUACGAAGCCAUAAUUAAAUCAGUGAUUGAUGAGUUAUACGACAUUCAUUAAUGGAUGAAGCGCAUCAUGACACUACAUUCUAUGUACAUAUGUACGAUAAUCUACACAUAUUAUGCAUAUAUUCGGAAAUACAUUAUAUUUUUAUACUAUCUUAGUAUUUGAAUCUACCGCGUUUGACUAUUUUGAAAUGAAUAUCAAAUUGAUGUAUAGACAGAAAUUAUAAUUGAAACUUUUGCUGUAUUUUUAUUCCCUAUUUUACCGAAGGAUGAGCACUUUUAUACUUUCUGCAAUAUAUUUUUUCUUGUAGCUAAGUAACAGUUGGUAUGGUGACGCACAAACAUAUCUUGUCCGUAGACACUUAAGGGUCAUAGCACUGCAAAAAAAUCUAUAGAGUUAAAUCUAUAGAAUCAUUAGGGAAAUCAACAUGAUUUGCAUUACAUUAUUAAGGUUGGAGUCAUUACCUAUUAGAACUUCUAGGAAUGGCAUAGUGGUUGUGCUGUGGACCGUCACUAUGCGGAUGGGAUACAGCAACUGCUAUUUUUUCAAUGCAAAAUACAAUUCAAAAUGCUUUUACUAUGAGUAAGUUAUCGUGCCCACCUUAUUUUAGGCUGCCGAAAUCCUAAGACGGUGCCCGAUUAUUGUUUUUCCUGCUUAUGUGUGUGCGUCUGUGUGUCUUGGGCAGUGCCCUACAGUGUUGUUGUAUCUUACUUGUCUGUGCGGUGCCCUACAGUAGAAAUCUACCCUUAUCUGCCUUGACAUUUUUACAAGAAAAGAAUACUUUUAUAACUUUUAAUGCGUUAAACAUUUGGGGUACUAUUACUAGUAUCACAUGUUGUUCUUUGUAAAAACAGUAUAAUGUAAUCGAAGUGAAAUUGAUAUAUACGUGUAAUAUGAAACAGAAAUCAAUACACUUUUUUAUCAUUUGUGACAUUUUACUAGAAAUCAUAUUUCCAUUAAAUCUUUUUUAAAAUUUAA